GUGGUAGAGCUGUGCUACGCCAACGCAGUACUGAGCAGCAUGACACUACCAGAUAUGCAGGACUCGCUUCUGCUGGGCUUAGAAGGGAUCAAGAAGAAAAUUCUGCACGGCGGGACCGGAGAAAUCCCAAAAUUCAUCACUGGGGCAAAGGUGACCUUCGACUUCCGCACCACGCUCUGCGAUGACGACCGCACGGUGAUCGACGACAGCAAGGCGGCGGGCAGCCCCAUGGAGGUCGUGAUUGGCAACAUGUUCAAGCUGGACGUCUGGGAGACUCUGUUGGCCUCCAUGAGGAUCGGAGAGGUGGCCGAGUUCUGGUGUGACACCAUCCACACGGGCGUGUACCCGCUCGUGUCCAAGAGCAUGAGGCGCAUCGCGGAGGGCAAAGACCCAGCGGACUGGCACGUCCGCACGUGCGGCCUGGCCAACAUGUUCGCCUACCACAGUCUGGGCUACGACGACCUGGACGAGCUGAUGAAGGAGCCCAAGCCGCUCUUUUUCGUCCUGGAGCUGCUCAAGGUCCUGCAGCCCAGCGAGUACAACAGGGAGUCGUGGGCGCUGAGUGACGAGGAGAGGCUGAAGGUGGUGCCCGUGCUUCACGGCCAGGGGAACAAGCUGUACAAGCAGCGACGCUACCGGGACGCCACGCUCAAGUACAAGGAAGCCAUCAUCUGCGUCAAGAACGUGCAGACCAAGGAGAAAGCGUGGGAGGCUCCGUGGCUGAAGCUGGAGAAGGUGGCCCACACGUUGACGCUCAACUACUGCCAGUGCCUCCUCCGCCUGGAGGAGUACUACGAGGUCAUCCAGCACACCGGUGACAUCAUAAACCAACACCCAGGCGUCACGAAGGCCUUCUACCUGCGCGGAAAAGCCCACGCCGAGGUGUGGAACGAGGCCGAGGCCAAGCGGGACUUCGGCAAGGUUUUGGAUCUGGAUCCGCGGAUGAAAAAGGCUGUGACCAAGGAGUUGGCCAUCUUGGACAUGCGCAUGGAGGAGAAAAACCAGGAGGACAGGAACAAGUACAGGGGAAUGUUUUGA